CUUGUUGACAUCUGCGAUUUUAAAAGGCGGGUAAACUGUGAUAAGAGUGCUCCCGCUCUCAUGCCUAUAGAAUAAUAGAUCCAUGCCUGCUGUGUAGUGAGGUUUAUCUCCCGGACAGCGCUGCUACAGUCAUACAGCGAUGGCCUGUAAGAGAGGAGCGCUCAUCGUGCUGGAGGGAGUCGACAAAGCUGGGAAAACUACUCAGUGUCAGAAACUGGUUCAGACUCUGCAGCAGAGCGGCAGGCCCGCAGAGGGGAUGAGGUUCCCCGACAGGACCACGACUAUUGGACAGCUGAUCAGCGCUUACCUGGAGAAGAAGAGUGACCUGGAGGACCACACAGUGCACCUGCUGUUCUCUGCAAACCGAUGGGAACUGGUGCCUUUAAUGAAGAAGAAGCUGGAGCAAGGCAUCACUCUGGUCGUAGACCGGUACGCCUUCUCUGGAGCUGCUUUCACCAGCGCAAAGCCAGGUUUCUGUCUGGACUGGUGCAUGAAAUCUGACGUGGGACUGCCAAAGCCGGACCUCGUUAUGUUCCUGCAGCUCAGUCCGGCUGAGGCUGCUCUCAGAGGUAAGUUCGGAGAAGAAAGAUACGAGACCAGUGCUUUCCAAAAGGCGGUUCAACAGAAAUUUGAAGAGCUGAUGAAGGAUCCUUCAGUCAACUGGCAGGUAAUCAAUGCUGCCAAGAGUGUUGAAGAUGUGCACGAGGACAUCACAGCCCACAGCCUUAACGCUGUCAACACAGCUCAGAACCUGCAGCUCGGAGAGCUGUGGAAGUGAACGUGAACCAGUCUCUGCUGGUUUGAGACCAGAACCUGUUCACACCAAUAACAUGCGUCCCGAGUGAUCCGAACACACGUGGACAGCUUCAAGUACAUCUGUUCACACCUGGAAUUAGAAUGCGUCUCCACACGCGUCUUGAUUGAGAUCACCACUUGUGAUCCGAUCUCAUUUCCCCGCUCUAUAUGCAAACAAACACGUAGUAAACACACGGCUAAUACAGCAGACGAUGUGAUGUAAUAUUACAUGAAUGUCAGCAGUAAUACCCUACAUAUUUGUGAAAUCAGGUACAUUUUUAUUAACAUUGCGUUCACAUCUGUACUUGGAGCUGACCACUAGUGAUCCGAUCACUCAGGACGCAUGUUUAUACCAGGUCUGAAAGGCUGAAAACAGUCUGCUGGUGCAGCAACUAAAUGACUCUUCUACACGCUUUCCUUGAGCUCCUUUAUUUGAAUGCGGAAGAGAAAUGCCUCGGCUGUGAUUCAAAUAUCAUUUCUUGAAAUUAAAGAGAGAUAUACCAUC